UUUAUAGCGAUAGUGCUUACCAAAAACACAAUCAAUCGGUGAAUCUACCAACAAGAAAAGUCUUGGAAGAAAGAUUGAACAUUGGUGCGGCUGGUCGACUUGAUGUAAUGAAAGAGCUGAAAAUGUCUGCUGGUUUUUAUACAAAAACUGGAAGUGGGAAAAAGAAUGACAAUAGAGUAAAACAAGCAAAUGCAAGGGCCCAGAUGAAGUUCAAGGAAGCAAGACAGAAGAUUCGACAGGCAAAAUUGGUGGAAGAGGCAAGAUCGAAGGCACGGAAAGGAGUAACAUAUGAGAGCGCGGCAUUUAACGAGGAUUGUUUGAGUGGUUCAACUAAGAUUGUUUGA